AUGGAAGCCAUUAAGGAAGCCUUUGCAAAAUGCAAGGCCCAAAGUCGCGCUGCCUUGAUCACUUAUGUGACAGCUGGCUACGACAUCAUCGAACUUGGAAUUCCAUUCACAGACCACAUGUUCGAAGACCCAACCAUCCAACAGGCCAAUGCCAAGGCCCUCGAGAACGGCGUUCAAAUUUCAUACAUCCUGCAGAUGGUCAAUUCAGCCCGUAAACAUGGUCUGACUGUCCCCGUGCUGCUGGUGGGGUACUGCAGCCCUGUGCGUGCAUAUGCCUACGGAGAGGAGAAGCUACUUCGAGACUGCAAGGCUGCUGGUGUGGACGGGCUUAUCAUCGUUGACCUUCCCUCCGAGGAGACGGUGCAGUUCCAUGAUUUGUGUAAAUCCAAAGGGCUAUCGUACAUUCCUCUCGUUGCCUCUUCCACCCCGAACGCACACCUGAAUAUGCUUUGCAACAUCGCUGACUCAUUUAUUUGCAUUGUAUCUAGUAUGGGGGUCAGCGGAACCCAUGAGAAGCCGUAUGGGUGUGUGGAAGACCUGCUCCAUUGUGUGAAUACUUCCACUGGGAACUCAGUCCCAGUAGCUGUCGGAUUUGGUAUCGACACCCGACAAAGUUUUGUUGAUAUUGCUCGUCUCGCUGAAGGAGUCGUCAUCGGCACCCCGAUCAUCUACAUACUGGGAAGGGCGUCUCCUGGAACUGGUGCUCAGAAGGUCAAGGAGUAUUGUCUUCGAGUUGCUGGAUGCACUGAAGAUCAAAUUAUCAUAACAGAAAGAAGACAGCAAGCUAACCAACCCUUGUCUUCCACUACUAUCUACCUUUCCUCUGAUGGAGCAGGCGAUACACCCGAAGACACCGACAAAGCCACCAAUAUAGGAGACACAAACACCAACCUGAGAACAUUCAGCGGCCAAUACGUCCCAGAGUCCCUACUGGAAGGCCUCACCGAGCUAGAAAACGGCUUCAAGGCAGCAAAUGCAGACCCAGCCUUCUGGACCGAGAUAAAAUCCUACGCAGCAUACGCCAAUCGACCCUCCUCCCUCCACCUAGCCCCGCGCCUAACAUCAUACGCAGGCGGAGCACGCAUCUGGCUGAAACGCGAAGAUCUAAAUCACACAGGUAGUCACAAGAUCAACAACGCCCUGGGCCAGAUAAUCCUCGCUCGACGACUCGGCAAGACCUCGAUAAUCGCCGAAACAGGCGCUGGCCAGCACGGCGUCGCAACAGCAAGUCUAUGCGCGCAAUUCAGCAUGAAAUGCACCGUGUUUAUGGGCUCCGAGGACUUCCAACGUGAGGCCUUGACUGUCCUGCGCAUGCGCAUCCUCGGCGCAGUGGUUAUCCCCGUUGACGCCGCGUGCAGCGGCGAGAAGGGCACCCUCCGCGACGCAGCCAACGAGGCCUUUCGGAUCUGGGCGACGGAGCUGAAGACGACACAUUUCGUUAUCGGCUCGGCGUUUGGCCCACAUCCGUAUCCGACUAUCGUGCGCACAUUCCAGGUUGUUAUCGGCACGGAGACUCGAAUCCAGUUCGGCGCGAUGAAUGGUGGUAAACUGCCUGAUGCGGUGGUUGCUUGUGUUGGCGGUGGCUCUAAUGCUGUUGGUAUGUUCUACCCCUUCCUUGGUGAUUCAUCUGUUGCUCUUGUUGGCGUCGAGGCGGGUGAUUAUGGGUCUAUGGCGGAUCAGCACUCUGCUUUGUUGAGCCGAGGGUCUGUCGGUAUGUUGCACGGCUUGCGGACUUAUUUGUCUUGGGAUAAGGAUGGGGAGAUUGGCAGAACGCAUUUUGUCUCUGCUGGACUUGAUUAUCCUGGUGUUGGACCUGAGUUGUCGAGUUGGAAGGAGUCUGGUAGGGCUACUUUUGUCGUGGCAAAUAAUGCGGAGGUUCUGAUGGCUUUUUCGUUGCUCAGUCAGCUUGAGGGAAUUAUGCCUGCACUUGAGAGUUCGCAUGCUGUUGCUGGGGCUGUGCGUGUUGCGAAGGAGUUGGGGCCUGGGCGGGAUGUUGUUGUUUGUCUUAGUGGACGGGGGGACAAGGAUGUGCAGACUGUUGCUCGCAUUACGUCUACUCUUAGAGUUGACGAUGAUGCGUAA